AAAAGCCAUCUUUCAGUUUACUAUCAAACUAAACAGAAAUGUCAUUGUGGCACAUUUUGCUUUCCGUGUUUUUAUGGCUUCUUGAUUCAAAAGACACCCGUUGAUUAAAAAGGUGGGAUUUUCCCUCAUCAUCAAACGUGAGCUCAUGGACGGAAAAGCAAUGAUGUCAUGACCUGUCAUCACCUCAAAGCCCCGCCCUCUGACAUUGCUCUGAUAUUACCGCUCAGAGCCCAAAGGGUGAAGCGGCGAUUGUUGCGAUCAGCGCAAGGCACUAAGCACCGAUGCAUGGGAUCGGUUUACUCCUGUCUCGGAAACGGUCGGGUGAAAUGUUUGAUCUGCUCUGCUUCCAGAGAUGUUUCUCUUGCAGAUUUCCCAGGCCACUUCUCCACAUUGAGUAUGGAUAAGAACCGAGGUUUCAGCGAGGAAUACGAGGGCCUCGCUGUUGUCGGCAUCGGGCACACUCAGAAUGCCGCUCUGGUGCCGGAAAACAUGGAGAAAAAUCGCUUCACCAACGUGCUGCCGUAUGACUGGAGCCGAGUCAAGCUGCAGACUACAAACGGGAACUCGGACUACAUCAACGCCUCUUACAUGCCGGGUUACAGCAAGAGCAGAGAGUACGUCGCCGCUCAGGGUCCUCUGCCCUCCACGGUCGGCGACUUCUGGAGAAUGAUCUGGGAGCUGAGAGUCACCGCCGUUGUGAUGGUAACCAACUGCACGGAAGGAAGAUGGACUAAAUGCGAACAUUACUGGCCCGCGCAGGGAGAGACUUGUCUCCAGAGAGGGCUGAGCAUCACCACCGCCUCGGAACAGCAACACACCGACUGGACGUUAAGGGAAUUCCGAGUCAAACAUAAAAACGGCACCGGCGAGAGGACGGUGAAACAUUUCCACUUCACCGCCUGGCCCGACCACGGAGUCCCUCAGUGUACGGACGUGCUGGUCCAGUUCAGGGGGCUCGUUCGGCAGCACAUAGAAGCCAACGGGACCGCAGCUCCGACUGUGGUUCACUGCAGUGCAGGGGUAGGCAGGACUGGCACCAUUAUCGCCUUGGAUGUUCUGCUUCAGCAGCUGCACAGAGACAAGGAAGUUGGUAUCAACGCCUUCAUACACAACAUGAGACUGCGGCGGCCGCACAUGGUGCAGACCGAGUCCCAGUAUGUUUUCCUGCACCGGUGCAUCAUGGACUGUCUGCAGUCUCCAGGGGAGGGCGAUGAAAACAUCUCCCAGAAGGUGGAUGUCAUUUAUGCCAACCGCGAGAGUUUCACAAAACUGCAAUCUGAAACAGGAUAGCACUUGGAUGUGAAAUGACACGCCAAAGAGCGUUUCCAAAUCUUCUAUUGACAAGGACAUGAGCUUUGGAAACAUUUUUCCACUUGGGGAGAAGAUAUCCGCGUAAAACUGUCUCACCUCAACCUGAAAUCCAAGACAAGAAAUUCAUUUUUACAAAGAGAAAAUAAAUCCUUCUGGUGUCAUAAGAAUGACGUAAAUGUCCUCCUUCCCACAUUGGGGG